AGUUGAGCUUCUGGGCGGGUCCAAGGGAACCCUAGGGAAUAUCUCUGGGGAAUUCGGUCCCUUGUGGGAAGCUAGAAGGCGGAGGCUGUGGGAGUGCCUUGUAGACAGGAGCUAACCGUGACUCCGAUCUCAGUCAAAAGUCCCCUAUACCACGCAACCAACCUCGCCGUCGCCCCCUGGAUCCUUACUUUGAGUGGUGGGAAAAUAGAAUGGAAGGACGUGGCGCGGUGGUCUAGGGCUCUCCAGCGAACCCUAGUGUUUGAGGGUACAACAGUCAGGAGUCAAGGUCGGGCAGCGGCUGUUUAGGGUGCAUCGGGACUCCUCAGUUCCCUAAGGAGAAGGGUGCACCCUGCAAAUCGCGGGUCCGUGUCUCAGGGAGGGGCUUCUCUCGGUUUGGCGCUCACCUCCUCUGGGUUUGGGGUGAGAAGACCCUCCCCCGGGGUGUGCGCGGGCUGCGCGCUCUGGCGGCGAUGGGGCCGCGGCUUCCUUUACUGGUGGCGGCGCUGGCCGGCUGUCUGCUUUCUGCGCGGGGCUGUGUCACGUGUGAUUCAGAGGUCAUGGAGGCGCUAAACUCCUUGGAGAAGGAUUACCUGCCUGGCCACCUGGCGCCCGAGCAUCACGAAAACGUGAUGAAAAGGGUAAAGGAGGCCGUGCAGAAUUUCAAGGAACUGCCGUUUGACGAGGAUUCCUAUAUGGGGGUCGUCGAUGAGCCCACACUGAAAAAGGCAUCCUGGAAUUUGCUGAAGGAUCUGAAACGCAUCACGGAAAGUGAUGUAAAAGGUGAGCUCUUCGUGAAGGAGCUGUUCUGGAUGUUGAGCCUGCAAAAGGACACCUUUGCCAGUUACGCUGCUCACUUUCAAAAAGAGGAUUUUUGUCCCAACAAAUGUGGUAUGAUGCUACAGACUCUGAUCUGGUGCAGUAACUGUGAGAAGCAGGUUCACGCUUGUCGAAAGUCCACGGACUGCGGGGAGCGUCAAGUCAAGGUCCAUCGAAAGGAGGACAUGAUUCUGGACUGUGAACUCAACUGGCAUCGUGCCUCUGAAGGCCUGACCGAUUACAGCUUUUACAGGGUUUGGGGGAAGAAUGAUGAGACCUUGGUGUCCAAGGGGAAAGAGCCCACUCUGACCAAGACCAUGGUGGGUCCUGAGGAUCAAGGCACCUACCGCUGUGAGCUGGGCACCGUGCAAUCCGACCCAGCCACGAUCAUCUAUUUCCACGUCACAGUGUUGCCCCAAAGAGUGGAGGAGGAGAUACCGUCACCAGACAUCCCAAACCAGGGUGAGGUGACUUUGGGUCACCCCCAGUCGAACACAAGCCUCCAGUAUCCGCUGUCCCAGUCUCCGAAUCCUGUGAAAAUGCUGAGAGGCCGCCUGCUCGGGCUGCUGAUCUGGGGCUGUGUGGUGCUGAUCGCCGGCGCUGCCACCGUGUGAGCCGCCCGCUGAAGAAGCCAGGGCUUGGGGAUAUUUUGCUCUCGUUCUGGGAAGAUGCUUGAUUCUAUAAAGUCCUGGUUUGACACGGGCACUGAAGCUGCUCAACACCCCGAAGUUCCAGAGGGAAAGUCAUGAAAUCAAGGAGCAAAUAAAGAUUUAUCUGGUUG